AUGUCCUCACCUCGCGCAAACACCAUCGCCAUCCUCGGCCCCCGCGGCUGGGUCGCGUCCGCCGUCAUCUCCGCACUUGCGGCUACCCCGUCCCACAUCAAGGCCAUCUACCGGCAAGGCUCCUCUCCCGGCGACCUCCCAUCCUCUGUCGAAGGGAUAGAGGUGGACUGGGCAGACGAGUCAGCCUUCCUCGCCGCUUUGCAGGGAGUCGUCAUCGUCCUGUCGCUCGUCGGUCAGGCCGGACUGGCCGAGCAGCUCCGCCUCGUCCCCAUGCUCCGCCGAGCCAGUAUCUCGCUCUUCAUCCCCUCCGACUUUGCCUAUGUGCAUACCAAGGAAGACGACAAGAUUCCCGUUAUCCACAAUAAAGAGGUCCUGGCGACGGCGCUAAACGAGGCGGGGGUCCCGAUGCUCACUGUGCUCGCUGGGAACUUUGCCGAGUUUGCACUCAAUACACCGCGGAUAGGGGUGGAUAUGAUCAAUAACCGGAUUGUACAUACCGGCCAUACCGACACCCAGCGGAUCAACCUAUGUACACGCGCUUAUGUCGCUGCUGCCCUGGCUGCUCUCCUCCCUUCCACACCAAGUGACAAGCUCAAAGGCCGUACGAUCGGGCUAAACGAAUUCUCCCCCACCGGCGCUGAAAUCGCCUCGGCCAUGGAACGCCGGUCUGGCGCGCCUCCACGAGUCGCGCGCGCGACAGACGAGCGCAGCCUUCGGCUCAUCGACAAAGGCAGUCCGUGGGCGCUCGCGGAGAGCGUCAAGCUAAAGUGGUCCAGAGGGGAGCACUCGGUCGGGGAGGACAUGUACGAUGUCAAGGGCUAUAGCAAGGUCGGGCUGGAAGAGCUGGUAGUCAAGGGUCAAUUGGUCAAGUAUAGGCCGCUCCCUUUUGACUUUGCGACUGUUCUAGACGAGUACUUUGAGUAG